AUGCGUAUUGGAGACUACAUCAAGAAGAGAGAAGAGGAGAUUAUGAAUUAUAGUUCUAGUUAUUUUCAUGAAAUAGUGAAAAUAAUAGAUGAGGAAAUACUUGCUUUUGAAGAAACUGUAACUCUGAAACUAACAUCUUCAUACCGAGUGGAUGUAUCACUCUAUUUGUGCCAAAUGGCAGCACAGAAGUUUGCAGAACUGUAUGAAAUCUUCCAGAAAGAAAGUGAUCCUAUUAUCUAUCUUAACAGCAAGAAAGAAGACUUCUUUAAAUCAUUUGCCAUAUCCUACCAAGGAGCAAAAUCGGCAACAACAUUUGCUGACUUUUUAUGCACCAGCCUUAACUCAGCAAUUUGUGAUGCAAUCUACGAAAAGACAGCGAUUGACAUAGUCAAUGUGAUGAAGACUGAAGACCCAGCUUUCAAUGGUACUCGAGAGAAGUUGGAAAUAAACUUGCUGAUUCAUCUUGCUAAAAAGGAAAAUUUUCAUAAAUACAUGGACUACAUUUAUAAUCCAAGUUAUUCAAUGGCAGAAUUUAUCCAACAAAGAAUUAAUAACUACUGUUUGAAUAAAAGGAAUCCACAAUUAAACAAGUUCUUACAUUCUCAUCUUAACACUUUCAAAGAUCUUAUUCUUUGUGCCAUCAAUGACUCAACCAGAGUUGUUGAAGAUAAAGGAAGCAAUGUAUCCUUGUGGCUGGAUGAAUUCUGCAGCAGGAUAGGAGACAAUUUAUAUCUUCCAAGGCACACCUUGAGCAGCAUUGAACACCAAGAAGUCAUAGGCAUAAAAUUGAUUAAAGAAGCUGUUAGUGACUCACUGGGCCAUGUGCUAGAUGAUUUGGAAAGAACAUUCUCCGAGACUGAUUUGGACCCAUUUUUUGCAAAGCCUCAUGAGAUUCUAUUUGAGCAGGUUAGUGGAUGCAUGAAGCAGUGCCCAUUUUGCAAAGCCGUGUGCACAAACACCAUUCCAGAUCAUGAUGGAGAACAUGGCACUUAUUUCCAUCGGCCACUAGCUAUAACAGGUGUCAAGUGGGAAGGAACAAAUAAUUUUGUUAUUGAUAUUUGCUCCAGUAUUGCAGCAAGUGAUUCCACUUUCAUCUCUGAUGGGAAGAAAAUUCCUUGCAAACAGUAUCGAAAAGCAGGAGCUGAUUACGCAAAGUGGAACAUCCAACCAAGCACUUUUCCACAGUUUUAUUGGAAAUGGUUUGUCUGCCAUUUUAGAAAUGAACUAGAAACUGCCUACCAAGGAGUUUUUGAAGCAAAAGGAAAAAUACCACAUGACUGGGAAAACGUAUCUAGAGAUGAAAUUCUUUUUCUAAUGGAAAUAGACCAUAUGUAUAAGUUAAGAGAUGAAAUUCUAAUGGAAAUAGAGCCCAUUUAUAAGUUAGGAGGUUUCAGGCAAAAACUCCUGACGCUGUUUUCCCCACAGAGUUCUGCUUAGGAUGGCACUGUUGUUUUAAAACAAAAGAGCCCAAGCAUCCUGUUCAUUCAGCCACAAAGGGCUGAACUAGAUAUGACAUUUGGCAUAAAUUGGUUCCAAGGAUCCCCCACCCCCACUUAGAUGGAGUUACAGCCAAAAGUUACUGCCUUUAAAGGAAGAUUGGAAGUGUGCCAGAGCCUGAUUCAUUAAGGACUAUGGCCCUGGAGGAAAAGGCGGCGGUUACCUCAUUAAGCUGUUAUUCCAUAUGCGUUGAUUCAGAGGACAUUUAGACCCAACUUGUAUGAAACAUCUAGUUCAGACCUAAUCAAUAUGAAGGUGUUAUUAUCGCUCUGAUAUAGGCCUGGCUGUGAUAGAUAAAACAAUUUUACAUGGCAGCAGCAUAAUGAUGUGAUCUCAGGAGCUUAGAUAUGUGGCAACACCAUGUGAAGAUGAUAAUUCAACAGUUUGCCGUGCUUAUACCUAUUUGUGGUGAUGAAGAUGGGACGGACAAUUAUAAAGUUCCUUCAUGAGAAUAUGAUGGAUAAGAAAGUUUUCCUAGAAGAGACACCUCAGGUUGAUCACCCAACAUAAAAUAUUUGGGUAAUAAAUGUUGAUAACUGAACAGUCAAGAAAAUGUAUAAAUUCACUUAAGAAUAGGAGGGGCUCCUGUUGAUCAAUGAAAAAGGGCAGUGGUGCGCUGGUAAAUUUUUAACAAACAGCUCUCAGGGGGGAAACGUAUGCAUACCUAUAUGUACAAAACUUUAUUAUAAAUUUUACUGAUAUAAAGGAUGUGUAGCACACAAUUUACAAAUAAUAAUAUACAGUACUCUUUAUUGUAAAAUCCAUAUAGCCAAUUGAUUCUCACAGAAUGCUGUUGUUGAUUUUUUGCCAAACUCUUGUAUCCAUAGCCAGUGGUGUGCUGGCUGUGUUGGGGGUGGUGGUGGAGGAGACUUUCUGUACGCAUGCUGCAGAGAGCAACUGGGCAAGGAGAGAGCCAGGGGACCUAUGAGGGGGUGGGGUGGGGAGUGUAUCAGAGGGGCGGAGAUUUACAUGCUGAGAAUCAGCCACCUCCUUCCCACGCCCAAGCCACCCUUUUCCACGGCUUGGUUACCUGAGGUGCCUGCAUGUCACAGCCCUGGCCAGCGUCUUGCAUUUACUCCAAAUUUUUACCUUAUUCUGCCUCUGAGAAUGUGCGUGAAGGAAGGAGGAAGGCAUCCUAGAGCUCCUGAUGAUUUUUCAACCAGCUGGCAAAAUUCUUGAAAAUUUAACAAUCUAGUCUCGUGAACCAGUACAAACUGGCUCCAGCACAUCGCUGAAAAGGGUAUGAAAAACUACACGUCUCCCAUUUGUCAAACUUUAUCCCAUCUUCAACCCACUUCUUUCCUUUGUUUCUUUUUUGCAUUGUUUUGCUUCCUUCUGAUUGUUGUCUUUUUCCUUUUCUCCUUGUUUUGGGUAUUUUGGAGUAUUCCAUCUGGGAACUAAUAAAUGGUAGAAGAGAAGAAAAGUAGGUUUUUAUACCCCACUUUUCUCUACCUUAAGGAGUC